CAAAGGGGCCGGUCAGCUGGAUUUGCAUGAACAGAACCUAAGCAAUUUCUGAAAUUGAGUUUUAAAACUGGCAGUUCUUUUCCCACCCCAUUAGGUUUUUGCAAAGUCCUCUCUGUAGCAACGUCAUACAGCUGUUCUUCAUUUCCUGUUACAAUUUCUUUUUUUUUUUUUUUUUUUUUUUUUUUUGCAUUCUUUCCAGGGAAGAAGAAUCAAUACAACCCGUUCUCUAGGAGGGAGGUGGUUGGACGGUCUGACCUUUAGCGGUGUUAGAAGACCUGUUUUGAUCCAAACCAGAUGUUCAGGCUGAGUUAACUUCGGCCUGAGUCAAGCAAUUGAUCACAAGAUGUUUUUUCGGUUUGUGUGCUAUCUUGUGGUUGUGUGGCUGAUUUCUGGCUCAGAUGCAGAGAGCUGUCCGGAACUUCCCCCGGUGGACAACAGCAUAUUUGUUGCCAAGGAGGCGGAAGGACACGUUCUGGGGACCUACGUUUGUAUCCAGGGCUACCACCUGGUAGGGGAGAGCACCUUGUUUUGCAAUGCCUCCAAGGAGUGGAAUGCCCGUACCCCCAGGUGCCGCUUGGGCCACUGUCCCGACCCUGUGCUGCUGCAUGGCAAGUUCAGUUUCCGGUGGCCUGUGAAAGCGAGAGACACAAUCACGUUUACAUGCAAUGAGCACUACAUCCUCAAAGGCGGCAACUGGAGCCAGUGCCGCGAGGACCACACCUGGGUGCCUCCCUUUCCCACCUGCAAAAGCAGAGACUGUGGCCCUCCUGAGAACCCAGCUCAUGGCUAUUAUGAAGGAAAAAAUUUCAACUCAGGAUCUACCAUUACUUAUCACUGUGAAGACAGAUACCGCUUGGUGGGCACACAAGAGCAGCAGUGCAUUGAUGGGGAAUGGAACAGUGCACCUCCGGUCUGUGAAUUGAUCCCAGAAGCUCCCAAACCAGCUCGACAGACUGCACAUGAGAAGGCACUGCUUGCCUUUCAAGAGAGUGAGGAACUUUGCAAAGCCGUAGAGAACUUUAUGCAAAGAUUAAAGGAAAAUGGCUCAACAAUGGAGGAGCUAAAACAUUCUCUGGAAACAAAGAAAGCUGAGUUGGAGGCAACAAUAUCGCCCUGACAUUGUAGCUGAGUUGACUGGGUAAUGUCAAUACACCUAUAAAUAAAGUUUCCUCUUGGUUCUGAAA